CAUUAUAUUAUGUGAUUGAGCAACACAGACAAACUAGGAUAAGGAGGGAUCGAGAGAGAAGAGAGGGUCCCCUUUUUCUGUGUGCGUGUGUUACACAACUCGUCUCUCAACUCCAAACUAAACUCCUCCUUCUGGGACAGGUUUGGCUCAACUGAAGUAAAGUUUGGUUAGCUUAUCUCUCUCUUAGCACGUUAAAAGUAGUACAAACACAGGUGAAGUUGGUUUUGGAAAGCAAGAAGAAUGUAUGGGGAUUGCCAGGUUAUGUCAAGUAUGGGAGGGAACGUAGUAGUGAACUCCGAUACUCUCUUCUCCUCCUCGAUCCAGAACUCUAACUUUAACUUCAUCCCCACCAUGCCUUUUCAACCUUUUCCUUCCAUGCAGAAGGAAGAAGAGAUGAUGCUGCGAGGGAAGGAAGAGAUGGAGAGUGGGUCAGGAAGCGAACAGGUCGAAGAUAAGUCAGGGAAUGAACAAGAGAGUGAACAACCCACAAAGAAAAAACGAUAUCACAGGCACACUGCUCGCCAGAUCCAAGAAAUGGAAGCUUUGUUCAAGGAAUGUCCUCACCCAGAUGAUAAGCAGAGGCUGAAACUGAGCCAUGAAUUGGGCCUGAAACCGCGCCAGGUCAAGUUCUGGUUCCAGAACCGUCGAACCCAGAUGAAGGCACAACAAGAUCGGGCAGAUAAUAUCAUACUUAGAGCCGAGAAUGAGACUCUAAAGAGUGAGAACUAUCGGUUACAAGCCGCACUGCGUAACGUUAUGUGUCCCAAUUGUGGUGGCCAAUGUAUAAUGGGUGCUGAUCUGGGUUUGGAUGAACACCAACUUCGCAUGGAAAAUGCCCGGUUGAGAGAAGAGUUAGAACGCGUGUGUUGCCUCACUUCAAGGUACACUGGGCGUUCAUUACAAACAAUGGCAGCAGGUCCAACUCUCAUGGCCCCUUCAUUGGAUUUGGAUAUGAACAUAUAUCCAAGGCACUAUUCGGAUCCUGUUGCUCCUUGCACAGAAAUGAUUCCUGUGCCAAUGUUGCCUCCUGAAGCUUCACCAUUUGCUGAGGGUGGAGGAAUCUUGAUGGAAGAAGAAAAGUCUCUGGCCUUAGAGCUCGCGGCUUCUUCCAUGGCAGAACUUGUGAAGAUGUGUCAGACAAACGAGCCACUUUGGAUCCGAAGCAGUGAUGGCGAAAGGGAAGUGUUGAAUUUUGAAGAGCACGCUAGGAUAUUUCCUUGCCCUCAGAAUCUCAAGCACCGAAGUGAACUGAGAACUGAAGCUAGCCGUGACACUUCUGUGGUUAUAAUGAACAGUGUCACUCUUGUUGAUGCAUUCCUUGAUGGUCAAAAAUGGAUGGAAUUGUUUCCUUCAAUCGUGUCUCGAGCAAAAACUGUCCAAAUCAUAUCUUCUGUUGCUUCUGGUCAUGCAAGCGGGACUCUUCAGCUGAUGUACGCAGAAUUUCAAGUUCUUUCUCCUUUGGUGUCCACUCGCGAGACUCAUUUCCUUCGUUAUUGUCAACAAAAUGCUGAGGAGGGGACCUGGGCCAUUGUCGAUUUUCCUGUUGACAACUUUCACCAAAAUUUUCACCCUUCUUAUCCCAAAUACUGCAGGAGAUCCUCCGGUUGCGUGAUUCAAGAUAUGCCAAAUGGGUAUUCAAGGGUAACAUGGGUUGAGCAUGCAAAAGUAGAAGAGAAACCUGUCCAUCAGAUAUUCAGCAACUAUGUGUACAGUGGAAUGGCAUUCGGAGCACAGCGUUGGUUAGGAGUUUUGCAGAGACAAUGCGAGAGGGUCGCGAGCCUCAUGGCCAGAAACAUAUCAGAUCUUGGAGUGAUACCUUCUCCAGAAGCGCGAAAGAACUUGAUGAAACUAGCCCAAAGAAUGAUAAAAACGUUUGGCCUUAACAUGAGUACCUCUGGUGGUCAAUCGUGGACAGCUAUAUCAGAUUCCCCUGAAGACACGGUUAGAAUCACAACUAGGAAAGUCACGGAGCCUGGCCAACCUAAUGGUGUGAUUCUAAGUGCUGUUUCAACCACUUGGUUGCCCUAUUCUCAUACCAAGGUCUUUGAUCUCCUCAGGGACGAACGUCACAGAUCUCAGAUGGAUGCUCUUUCUAACGGGAAUUCAUUGAAUGAGGUGGCUCAUAUUGCAAAUGGCUCACAUCCAGGAAACUGCAUUUCACUUCUUCGCAUAAAUGUAGCAAGCAACUCAUCCCAGAACGUAGAGCUAAUGCUGCAAGAGAGUUGCACCGACCAGUCUGGAAGCUUGGUGGUGUACACGACCAUUGAUGUGGAUUCCAUCCAGCUAGCCAUGAGUGGCGAGGACCCUUCUUGCAUUGCCCUUCUCCCCCAAGGCUUCAUGAUAGUGCCAAUGCUAUCAUCACCCAACGUUGACACACCCAUCAAUGGUAACUCCUCAGAGUCUCCAUCUCUGAACUCGGGUUGCCUCCUAACCAUGGGGCUGCAAGUUCUCGCCAGCACAAUCCCUUCUGCAAAGCUGAACCUCUCAAGUGUGACGGCCAUCAACAACCACCUCUGCAACACCUUGCACCAAAUCGAAGCUGCUCUUUCUAGUAGCAGUGAGAAUGGGACGAAUUUCCUUUGCACUGAACCCACAGUGAGUGGAGCUCCAAAGCAGUGAAAUGAAAAGUGAGAAAAAUGGUUCCUUUAGCCGAGUUUUGUUUACCCUUUUGGAUUUAUGAGGGGCGGAGGAAGAAGUAAGAGGUUACGGGGGAAGCAGAGAGGAGGGUAAGAGUGGUAUAAAAUAAAAAUGGAUUAUUAGGUAGGGAAGUGUGUGAUUAAUGGAUAUGUGUGUAAGAAUUGAGAAAGAACGUGGAAUGGCAUGAAUUUAUGUGUGUGAGGGUAGAGGGACUGAGGGAGUCAAGAGCGCACCAGAUAGUACCUUAGGCUUUGUAGUGAGGCCAAGGGUGCUGUGGUUCGGGAAUUGACUCUUGUUUCUAUGUCAGCCUCUAUUGUCUUUCUUUUUAUGCUUUUCAUCAUUCAACUUCACUUAAUUUACCUCUUUAUCUUUUUCUCUC